AGCCUAUAGAAGGGUUACAGGGAGACAGAGAGAUUGAGAGAGAGAGAGAGGGGGAGAGACCGCUGGUGCUCAACUGACUCGACUCGAGUUCAACUCGGUCUUGCCUCUGGUCUGGGAAAAUGGAGAGCUCACAAAACCCCAGUUUAAAACACCCAGUUCCCGCCGACGAAUCCCAGCUCGACCUUUACACCAUCCCUACCCACUCCAGCUGGUUCUCCUGGGACGACGUUCACGAAACCGAGAAACUCCAUCUACGAGAUUUCUUCGAUGGAAGUUCAAUCACCAGAACACCCAAAAUCUACAAAGAGUACAGAGAUUUCAUUAUCUCCAAGUACAGAGAAGAUCCUUCCAGACGGCUUACCUUCUCGGAGGUGCGUAAAUCGCUUGUCGGCGACAUCGGUUUGCUUCACAAGGUGUUCUUGUUUCUGGAGAAGUGGGGCUUGAUUAAUUUUGGUGCACCUGCGAGUGAGGAGGAUUUGGGAGAAGAGGAGAGUCAGGGGAGGUGGAGGGUUAGGGUUGAGGAGGGGGCUCCUAAUGGAGUCCGUGUCGUGGCGGUUCCGAAUUCGUUGAAGCCUGUUACGGUGCCGCCGAGUGGGAGUGAUAAUGGUGGUGAAGUGGUGGAGAAUGGAUUCAAAUUGGCUCCCCUGGCGUCUUAUAGAGAUGUGUACAGCGAGCAGAAGGAGACGCUAUGUAUGAAUUGCAAAGAUCGUUGCGAGUCAGGACAUUAUGAAUGCAAAAAGGUAUCAUGCUUUUCCCAUUUUGUUGAGUUCGCUUCAAUGAUUUUUUCGAAUGCUUAUUGUGAUAUACGUUAGGGGUGUUUGUUUCAA